AAACUCUCCUUUAGGGUGAGUCUUCGCGAGCCUAUCUUUCUGGCAAAAGUUGUCAAAAAACAGUCAUAACACAACUUUUACCUAUAUAUUAAGAGAAAAGAAAUACUAAAUAAUAUUGAGAUAUUUUCCAAAAAGAAACUGUCAUGAUUUUGGUGCCAAAGUGACUAUCCGGCUAGCCGGAUAGUAUAUCUAUAAAUAUAUUCUGUCAAGUGGAAAGAUUUGUUUGUUGCCAACAGGAAUUUUUAGUAAAAUUUCAGUUAGACUGAAUUCAAAGGCUUUUAAAAAUUUAGAGAUUUUUAAAACAAGAAAACGAUGGCUGCCGAUAAAGUGACUUUGGGAGAUGCUUUAUCAAAUGUUGACGUUCUUGACGAAUUUACUUUACCUGAUGAACAACCAUGUAUUGAAGCCCAACCCUGUUCCGUUGUUUAUCAAGCCAAUUUUGAUACAAACUUCGAAGACCGCAAUGGAUUUGUUACUGGCAUUGCUAAAUAUAUUGAGGAAGCAACUGUUCACGCAAGUUUGAAUGAACUUUUGGAAGAAGGAUUGGAACAUGCAGUAAUGCUUUACACUUGGAGGUGUUGCUCUAGAGCAAUACCACAACCUAAAUCUAAUGAACAGCCAAACAGAGUUGAAAUUUACGAAAAAACUGUUGAGGUUUUAGCGCCUGAAGUGAAUAAAUUAUUGAAUUUCAUGUAUUUCCAGCGCAAAGCUAUUGAACGAUUUUCAGCAGAAGUUAAGAGAUUGUGUCAUCAUGAGAAAAGAAAAGAUUUUGUUUCAGAAGCUUAUCUCUUAACUUUGGGAAAAUUUAUUAAUAUGUUCGCUGUCCUCGACGAACUAAAGAAUAUGAAAUCUAGUGUUAAAAAUGAUUAUUCGACAUACAGAAGAGCGGCUCAGUUUUUAAAAGUAAUGUCAGAUUCUCAAACCCUUCAAGAAUCUCAAAAUCUGUCAAUGUUUCUCGCAACUCAAAAUAAAAUUCGUGAUACAGUAAAGGAAAAUUUAGAAAAAAUUACAGGUUACGAAGAUCUUCUAGCGGAUGUUGUAAACAUAUGUGUUCACAUGUUUGAAACAAAAAUGUACCUAACUCCUAACGAGAAACAUAUGUUAGUUAAAGUCAUGGGGUUUGGUCUAUUUCUCAUGGACAGUGAAUUGUGCAAUAUUAACAAAUUGGACCAGAAGAAGAAGGUAAAACUGGAAAGAAUUGAUAGAAUUUUUAAAAAUCUAGAAGUUGUGCCCCUAUUUGGAGAUAUGCAAAUUGCACCUUUUAAUUAUAUAAAGAGGUCAAAGCAUUUUGAUGCCUCCAAAUGGCCUAUGUCUUCUUCCUCAAAUAGCAUAAGUCCACAAGCAGAUUUAAUGGUCCAUCUUCCACAAAUUAGAGAAGAUCAUGUUAAAUACAUAAGCGAAUUAGCAAGAUAUAGUAAUGAAGUAACUACAACGUACAAAGAAUGCGGAAGUGAUUCAGAAAAUAGAGAAACUGCUGAACUUGCGUUACGAGGACUCCAAUUAUUGUCACAAUGGACAAGUGUUGUUACAGAACUUUAUAGUUGGAAAUUGUUGCACCCGACAGAUCAUCAUAUGAACAAAGAAUGUCCACAAGAAGCUGAGGAAUAUGAAAGAGCAACGAGAUAUAAUUAUACUGCGGAAGAGAAAUUUGCUCUGAUUGAAGUGAUUGCCAUGAUAAAAGGACUUCAAGUAUUAAUGGCGAGAAUGGAAACCGUUUUUGUCGAUGCUAUUCGACGAAAUAUUUAUGCUGAACUCCAGGAUUUUGUUCAACUCAUUUUAAGAGAACCACUUAGAAAAGCAAUUAAAAAUAAAAAAGAUCUUAUUAGAAGUAUUAUUGUUUCCGUGAGAGAAACUUGCGCGGACUGGCAUUUUGGUGUCGAGCCACUUAGUGAUCCUGCUUUAAAGGGAAAAAAGGAUCCUGAUAAUGGAUUUGGAAUUAAAGUUCCAAGGAGGAAUGUCGGACCAAGUUCAACUCAGCUUUAUAUGGUACGAACAAUGUUAGAAUCUCUGAUUGCUGACAAAAGUGGAGGAAAACGAACAUUGAGAAAAGAUAUAGAUGGCCAAUAUCUUAUGCAAAUUGACCAAUUUCAUAAAACUAGUUUCUACUGGAGUUAUUUGCUUAAUUUUAGUGAAUCUCUGCAGAACUGUUGUGAUCUUUCUCAACUGUGGUAUCGAGAAUUUUAUCUUGAAAUGACAAUGGGGCGAAAAAUUCAGAAAUGCCAAGUGCGGCACCAGCACAAUGAAGAAUGCAGCGACUUGAUCACCAUGGAAAAACGCAUUCAGUUUCCUAUUGAAAUGUCGAUGCCUUGGAUUUUAACUGAUCAUAUUUUAAGAAGCAAAGAGCCAUCAAUGAUGGAAUAUGUUUUAUAUCCUUUGGAUCUGUACAACGACAGCGCUCUUUACGCGUUGACGAUUUUUAGAAAACAAUUUCUUUAUGAUGAAGUUGAGGCUGAGGUAAACUUGUGUUUUGAUCAGUUUGUUUAUAAAUUAAGCGAACAGAUAUUUGCACAUUAUAAACAAUUAGCUGCUAGUAUUCUUUUGGAUAAGAGAUUCAGGGUCGAGUGCAUAACAUUAGGAGCUUAUUUAUUACCUUAUCCGAGAGCGAAUAGAUACGAAACUUUAUUGAAACAAAGACAUGUGCAAUUAUUGGGAAGAAGUAUUGAUUUAAAUAAACUAAUUACACAAAGAAUUAAUGCUGAUAUGCAAAAAUCUUUAGAUCUCGCAAUUAGCAAAUUCGAAUCUGGAGAUAUUACUGGAGUUGUCGAACUCGACGGCCUUCUGCAAGUAAAUCGCCUGACUCAUAAAUUGUUGAGUAAAUGGUUAGCUUUAGACGAAUAUGAUGCAAUGUUUCGUGAAGCAAAUCACAAUGUCCUUGCUCCUUAUGGAAGAAUAACUCUUCAUGUCUUUUGGGAACUUAAUUAUGACUUUCUUCCUAAUUAUUGCUACAAUGCAGCGACAAACAGAUUCGUAAAAUGUCAUGGAAUUCAGUUUGUCCAACCAGUUCAUAGAGACAAACCUCCACAAAUGUCUCAUCAUUACUUGUGGGGAAGUAAACAAUUAAACCUUGCUUACACAACCCAAUAUGGACAAUAUUCUGGUUUUGUUGGUCCAUAUCAUUUUCGAACCAUGUGUAAGCUUCUUGGAUAUCAAGGAAUUGCCGUGGUUAUGGAAGAGUUGUUAAAAAUCGUUAAAUCGUUAAUUCAAGGAAGUCUUCUUCAAUUUACUAAAACACUUAUGGAAGCGAUGCCGAAGGUUUGCAAGCUACCAAGAUACGAUUAUGGAUCUCCUGGAGUUUUAGGCUAUUAUCACGCUCAAUUGAAUGACAUUGUUCAAUAUCCAGACGCUAAAACAGAGCUUUUUCACAAUUUUAGGGAAUUUGGAAACACCAUUUUAUUUUGCCUUUUAAUGGAACAGGCUUUAUCACAAGAAGAAGUUUGUGACUUGUUACAUGCUGCUCCAUUUCAAAAUAUUCUACCAAGGCCUUAUUGUAAAGAAGGAGAAAAACCGGAGGCGAAACAGAAAAGACUGGAAUCAAAGUAUGCUGCACUUCAAAUUGUUCUAAACGUCGAUAAACUUGGAACUGCUAAACAAGCCAUGAUAGCAAGGGAAGGAGAUUUAUUAACGCGAGAGAGGCUUUGCUGUGGUCUUUCGAUCUUUGAAGUUGUCCUAAGUAGACUUAGAAGUUUUUUGGAUGAUCCAAUUUGGGUUGGACCACCUCCUGCAAAUGGGGUUAUGAAUAUUGACGAAUGCACUGAGUUUCACAGACUCUGGAGUGCCCUUCAAUUCGUUUAUUGUAUUCCUGUGGGAGAAACAGAAUUCACUGUUGAACAAUUAUUUGGAGAAGGUUUGCAUUGGGCAGGAUGUGUGAUGAUUGUUCUUCUUGGACAGCAACGAAGGUUUGAGGCUCUUGAUUUUUGCUACCAUAUUCUUCGAGUUCAACGAGUUGAUGGAAAGGACGAAAAUGUAAAGGGAAUUCACUUGAAGAGAAUGGUGGACCGAAUCAGAAGAUUCCAAGUUUUAAAUUCCCAGAUAUUUGCUGUAUUAAACAAGUACCUGAAAAGUGGGGAUAGUGACGCGACAAGCGUUGAACAUGUUCGCUGUUUUCCUCCGCCAAUUCAUCCAUCACUUGCCCACGCCCAACAUUAUCACGCUCCUGAAUAUUUGCGACACAUUAAUCAUUCUUAAUAUGCCAAAAAGUAACAUUAAGCAUUUAUUUUAGUUGUCGUUUAAUCAAUUUAAUACUUUUAUAAAAAAGUUAUCUUGUCUCAAAAAUGUAGUACUUUAAUAAAUAUAUAAAUUCCUCUUUCAA